CGUGACCCCGGCCCGCUGCAGACAUGCCCGGAGGUCAGUACCAGGUGAUGAGCGCCCGGCUGCACCACAGCCUGUACAGCCUGACCGACAGCUCUGAGGCCGGCCCCGACGACGAGGACGGCGACGGCCCGCCGCCCCUCAGCCCGCUGCAGAAGCUCACCACCGACAUGUGCAAAGACGAGAAGACCAUCAAGGAGCUGAUCAUCGGCCGCAGGGUGGGCUUCUACAAGGUCCGGGGCGAGAUCGGCUACGGCACCUUCUCCAGGGUCAAGCUGGCUUUUCACGCUCUCACCAGAGACAAAGUGGCCCUGAAGAUCCUGGACCGGACCCGGAUGGACCCGCAGGCGCAGCGCCUGCUGUCCAGGGAGAUCGGCAGCAUGGAGGCGCUGCAGCACCCCAACGUGGUGCGGCUGUACGAGGUGGUGGAGACGCCCUGCCGCCUGUACCUGGUGCUGGAGUACGCCGGCGGCGGCGACCUCCACAACCGCAUCUGCAGCGAGGGCAAGCUGUGCGACACCGCCUGCAAGAUCACCUUCGCCCAGAUCCUGGCCGCCAUCAAGUACAUGCACGGCAUCAACAUCAUCCACCGCGACCUGAAGGCGGAGAACAUCCUGUUCACCUGCAGCGGCUGCGUCAAGGUGGCCGACUUCGGCUUCAGCACGCAGGUGUCGAACCGCAGCGCGGCGCUGGACACGUUCUGCGGCUCGCCGCCGUACGCCGCCCCGGAGCUCUUCCGGGACGAGUGCUACCUGGGCCCGCAGGUGGACGUGUGGGCCAUGGGCGUGCUGCUGUUCUUCAUGGUGACCGGCACCAUGCCGUUCCGCGCCGAGACCAUGGGCAAGCUGCGGCGCUGCAUCAUGGACUGCGCCUACAGCGUGCCGCCCUGGGUGCCGGGCCCCUGCCAGCGGCUGAUCCGCGGCAUCCUGAAGGCGGCGCCGGCCGAGCGCUGCGCCGUGGACCAGAUGCUGGGCUGCGACUGGCUGCUGCCGGUGGAGUUCCCCUGGUCGCCGCUGGCCGCCCGGCCGCUCGGCCCCCUGCGGGGCCCGCCGGAGUCGGAGCGCGGCUCGCUGGAGGACGAGGAGGACGAGGAGCAGGAGGAGGAGGUGCGCGGCUCGCUGGAGGAGCUGGGCUUCACCGCCGAGCACCUGAGGAACAACCGGCUGCAGGACAGCCGCAGCCCGCUCACCGGCGUCUACCGCAUCCUGCUGCACCAGGCGCAGAAGAGGAGGGGCUGCGACUGCCUGCCGGUGGUCCGGGGCAUGGUGCGGGACCCCAAGAGGGAGGGGCUGCGGGCCUACCGGGGCCUCCGCCACACCUCCAAGUUCUGUGUGCUCUGCUGACG